AUGCCCAGAUCUGAUGAUGAUCCAUCCCGCAGCCGGCGGCGCAGGUCGCCCUUUUAUCCGCGUGAAAGUGAAUCCCGUAUAGGGAGAGAACGAACCAAACACGAUGGCUCUACAAGGCGCCAUGCGGACGAGCGUGAUAGAAACCGAACAGAGCGGUCAGCCUCGAAUUCGGAUCGCGAAAAAUACUCUAGCGACCGGAAGGACCGUAGAUCUUACCGACACCGCAGUAGGUCGCGAAGCCCCUAUGAGCAUUCAUCCCGCAGACAUCGCAAAGCCUCUAGGGACCGCCAGCCUGUUAGCCGUGACUCCGACCGAUCACCUCGAGCUCGACACUCACGGCGUCGGAAAUCGCCCUCUCCUUCCCGAAGUGCUUCUCCUUCCUCUAGACGAUCGAAAAGACCCCUCCCGUCCCAAAAAGAUGCCUUCUCCAAGACCCCCGGAGAGCUCUCAGAGACGUCCACCCCAGCUGCGGACAAAGAAAAGCCGAAUUUUGCAAACACGGGCCGUUUAGCUGCAGAAACAAACACAGUCACGGUCGGUGAAGGGAGCGUCGUUUUGAAGUAUCAUGAGCCGCCAGAGGCGCGAAAGCCCCCGCCGAAAGAUGCGUGGAGGUUAUAUGUUUUCAAGGGAGAUGAUUUACUGGAGACACUUGAGCUGGGUGGACGCAGCUGCUGGCUUAUUGGGAGAGAAAGAAUGGUGGCGGAUCUACCUAUUGACCACCCAAGUUGCUCCAAGCAACAUGCCGCUCUUCAAUUCCGAUAUGUUGAAAAGCGGAACGAAUUCGGCGAUAAGAACGGGCGGGUCAGGCCGUACUUGAUUGAUUUGGAGAGCGCUAAUGGGUCGACCGUGAACGGAGACACUGUCCCCCCAGGUCGAUAUAUGGAACUUAUGGACAAAGAUGUUUUGAAGUUUGGACUCAGUACGAGGGAGUACGUGCUUAUGCUUCCACCAACGGACUGA